AUUGGAUCCCGUUUGGAGCCACACAGUCUGUUUGUGAAUGACGUAAUUAGCGUAAAACAAGAUGGCGUCGCCUUGGAUGUAAAUUGCCGUGAAUGAUUUUCUUAGUGUAAAUUGUGCCUCCGUCGAGGCUGUGGUGUUGUAUUUCGCCUGUUCUGAUAACGGAGACACUUCCUUAUCAGAUAAGGCCGUCGUGGACGUUUCGGAACGCCUGAGAGGAGCCUACGGUUCUUGCGUCUGUUCUCCCGCGACCCUCCGGUGACAGCCGCAGAGGCGAGCCGCUGACGGCCAGGAUGGACACCGGAGAGUACAUCUCCACCAUGGAGAACAUGGACACGACUUUAUCAGAAUUAGGGGACGAGUUUACUUUAGGAGACAUUGACGAGAUGCUGCAGUUUGUCAGCAACCAGGUGGGGGACUUCCCAGACUUGUUUGAGGACCAGAUGACGACAGCGGGCUCUUUACAAAAUGGCUCUGCCAGCUCACAGCCGGCCAUCCAGACCCCUCCCACUCCCCAGACACCGACGGCUGCUGCCUACCAGGUUUCCAGUGCGGGCCUCUCCCCCGCCCAGACGCUGUCUCCACAGUCCGUACCCCUCACCCCUCCCCUCACACCCGCCCAGACGCUCUCUCCACAGUCCGUACCCCUCACCCCGCCCCUCACACCCGCCCAGACGCCCUCUCCCAUCGCCACCCCCGCAGUGCAGCAGCAGGUGACCCGCAGCCCACCGCUGCUUCAGCCACGCCCUCAGGUGGUCCAGCCCAUCCAGCCUCAGCCCCAGCAGCCAGCCCAGCAAACCAUUCAGAUGCACACCCAGGGGCUCCACAUGCAGGCCCAAAGCUUCCCAGUGCACACCCUGGUUCAGACUCACAGCCAGACGCCGUUGCCCAUUCAGACCCAAGCAGCCCAGACUGUGAUGAUUGCCUCCAGUGGGGGACAGUCACGCUUCAUCCAGAACCCCGUCAUCUGUCAUCAGAACCACACCCCUGGUUUCCAAGUCCUCCAGCCGCAAGUGCAGAGCAUCAUGACUUCAUCCCAGCUCCAACCAGUCACCAUCCAGCACCAGCGUGUUCUGACCCCAACAGGUCAAACCAUCCAGACCCUCUCCACAGCUCCCACUGCGGUCCACACUAUGCAGCAGCAGAUGCAACAAGUCCCAGUUCUGGUCCAGCAGCCUCAGAUUCUCAAGACGGACUCUCUGGUUCUCACAACACUCAAGCCGGAUGGGACGCAGGUGUUGUCAACCAUGCAGAGCCCCACAGGCAUCACCACCCUCACCACACCCAUUCAAAACACGGCUUUACAGGUUCCGACACUGAUGGGCAGCAACAUUCUGACCACUGUUCCCGUUGUGAUGGGAGGAGACAAGCUGCCCAUCAAACAGCUCCAGCAAGGCUCCUCCAAUGGCACAUGUGGAGUCAGGCCGAGCAUGGAGCAGAGCCAGAUGUCAGGAGGGUUAGGGUCGGGGGUGGUGGUGAAGGAGGGCGAAAGGAGAACCACCCACAACAUCAUCGAGAAGAGAUACAGGUCGUCCAUCAACGAUAAGAUCGUGGAGCUCAGAGACCUGGUUAUGGGAAACGAUGCCAAGAUGCAUAAAUCAGGAGUGCUGAGGAAGGCCAUCGACUACAUAAAAUACCUGCAGCAGGUCAACCACAAGCUACGACAGGAGAACCUGGCCCUGAAAAUGUCCAACCAGAAGAACAAGCCGGGGACACUCACGGAGGACGUGGAGCUCAAACAGGAAGUGGUGAUGAUGUCCCCUCCGGCCUCAGAUUCUGGCUCUGGAUCCCCUCAACAGUUUUCUCCGUACUGCGUGGACUCUGAGCCUGGCAGCCCCCUGCUGGAUCAUGAUCAGUUGAAGAGUGAGCCUGACUCUCCCUCCUCGGUGGGGGUGAUGGACCGCUCCCGGCUGCUCCUGUGCGCCCUGACUUUCGUCUGCCUGUCCCUAAACCCACUGCCCUCGUUGUUGGGCUCUGAGUCCUCAAUGGGCCCCAACCUUUCCACAGCCCAUGUCCCAUCUAGAACGCUCGUCUGGUUUCCAACUCACACACAGGACUUUGCAUCGUGGCUGCGCUGCCUGUUGCCGUGGGUGAUGGUGUGGGUGCUGAGUGGGGUGGGAGCGGUGUGGGGCUGUGUCAGGGUGCUCUACCUGUGGGAGCCCGUCACACCCCUUCACUCGCCCAAAUCCGUGUCGUUCUGGAGGCACCGGAAACAAGCCGACCUGCAUCUCAACAGGAUUCUCGUUCGCUCUCAUCGCUUCAAUGUCCCGGGUCUGGCGGGGCCGUUCCCUGUCUGGUGUCUAAAUCCUCUUCACACGGAACUGUUUUCCGUCCUGGGGCUGCAGGGGGACUACACAGCAGCGAUGGCCAGUUUGGAGACUUGCCUGUCCGUCUUGACGAGAGCUCUUCCUUCAACCCACCUGGACCUGAUCUGCUCGCUGUCCUGGAACCUGAUUCGCUACUGUCUGCACCGCCCAACUCCGCUGGGCUGGCUGGUCCACCAGGUCGGAGGGAAGCACGAGGGCGAUGAGGCGCGGACCAGCGCCAAAGACGCAGCCCUGGUUUACCACCGGCUGAGCCAGCUCCAGCUCACAGGUCCGCGCGCCCAUCCGAAGCCCGCCGUCGCAUCCAGGGAACGAGGAGAAGGCUGGAGGAAGAUAAAGGAAUGUGUGCCGUGUCUUGUCUCCGCAGGGAAGCUGCCUCAGCGCAGCAGCCUGUGGGCUUUGUCUCUGUCCCUGAGUGCCAUGAACCUCAGCGAGAGCGCCCAAGGCAAGAUGCCCCCGGCUCAGCUCGCUCAGAUUUAUGUCACCGCGGCGACAGCCCUGCGCAGCGUCCUGGGCCACCAUCUCUCAUGUCUGCCUGGUUACCUGCUGGGCUGUGCAGAGAGUGUGGCCAACCAAUCGGAGGGCAAGCCGGUCCCCGACUGUCUGCGCUGGCUCUUCACCCCAUUGGGCAGGCAGUUCUUCCUGAGCUGCGAUUGGUCGGUGAGGUCGGAGAGCACCGACGGGGUGUACACGUCUCAAAGAGACCCAGUGGACCCCAUCGCCCAGCUGCACCGCUGCUUCUGCAGGAAGCUUCUGGAGAGAGCCGUUCACACCCUCAUCCAGCCGCAGAGCGACUCCGAUGCCAGCAGCCGCAAGACCGACUUUGGGGAGUUUUCCAGCGCCCUGGAGUUCCUCGAGUUGUUGAACAGCUGCACAGAAGACUCUCCUUCUCCACCUCCGCCUUUCUCAACUCCUCUCAAUCCCACCACCAUUCCCGUGGGUGACCCGGUGAGUCGCUGGUGGGCUCUUGUCCUGAAGGCUGCCGUUCAUUGGCUGCAGGGUGAUGACGUCACUGUGCGAUUGCUCUUGGCUGAAGCAGAGCGAAUGCCGAGGGCCCUGCACAUUCUCGACCACCCCCUGCCCAAGGCUGUGCUUCUUCUCUGUAAGGUGGUUCAGAUGAGCCUCUCCCCUCUGAAGGGAGAGGGGGUGGCGGCCUGCCUCUCACACUGCGACAGAGCCAGCAGCUACCUACGCUCCAGCAUCUCUGUGCCUCUCACCCAGCCUGGAAACUGGCUUAACAAGGGGGUGGAGGUCCUGGUGUGUGACCUGCUGCUGACUCUGAGGACCAGCUUAUGGCAGCGAGGAAGCGGCAGUAACGGAGAGCCCAGCCUGGCUCCUGGAUCCCAGCUGGCUGGUUUCCAGAGGGACCUGAGCGCACUCCGGAAGCUGGCCCAGUGUUACAGACAGGCGCAGCAUAAGGCGUUCCUUCAUGAGACCACAGUGCGGCUGAUGGCGGGAGCCAGCCCAACAAGGACCCACCAGCUGCUGGAGCACAACCUGCGACGCAGGCCUCGCAGCUCCUACUCAGCAGAGGGUGACUGUGUUCUGGGUGAAAGGGAGAGGGCUCAUGCCAUUCUCCUGGCCUGCCGCCACCUGCCCAUGCCUCUGCUGACCCCCCCAGGCCACCGGGCCCGUCUGCUGGCGGAGGCCAAACGAACUCUGGAGCGGGUGGGGGACCGGCGCUCCCUGCAGGACUGUCAGCAGAUCCUGCUGCGCCUGAGCGGGGGCACCACCAUCGCCGCCUCCUGAUCGCCCCCGUUAGCCAGGCUUCUUAUUCCAGCGCAGCCUCUUAUGGUCCCACAGUCCUUUUUCCCCUCAGAGUGCAGACGGAUGGGUUUCCCUCCAAACCACAGCGUGUCCACCAACACACAGGUGGCUGUUCUCUACUCUUAACAGCUCCACAGAUUUAUAUCAACAGGCCAGUUUUAUGUCUGGUUUGAGGCCAAGUUGGAAUGUGCUGGCCCCCGUCUGACCAGCAGCAAGGGCACCCGGAAAGUUCAUUCUUCCACCCCGACCAAUAUCGCUUUUUUUUGGUUUGUUUGUUUUUAAAGCAAUUCAGAACCAAACAAUCUACCCCUUUCAGUUUAACGACACUCGGCUGUGUGGUUUCUGCUUAGAUUGACUCACCAACAGCUCCAGGAGACCAAUGUUAACAGGCCCUAAAAAAGGGACCAUUACCCAACUAGCUCUUUAAAUAAAUGCAGCGCAGCAGUUUGGUGAGCUGCGGGAGCGGAGCCACGCUGGUUAUCGGCAAACGGCAGUUUAAGUGCUGCAGCAGGCCGUUUACUGUUUAGUUUAAUUUGCAAAUGGAUCAGCGGAGCUGGGAGCUCGGCUGUCCUGUAGGACAGCUUCACAUGGGCCUGUUUGGAACCGUGCAGUGCUGAGUAGUGCGUCUUCUUGUCUACCUCAAAUACUGUACAAUGCCGUCAUUGUGCCGUGGAGCAAAAUAGGAAACUUAAGCACCGCGUCAAUUACCCUGAAUUGGAAAUGAGGCCUGGGUUUACUUCAGUGUCCCGGUAAUAAAACCUCGCUGACCUGAGUUCCGUUGACUGUGGGAUUCGGCACAGGAAUCUUUACUGGCGUCAGCAGGAGCCGCGGCCUCCUGCUCCUUAAUGUCCGACGCCGGGCAGAGAAACCGUCAGAUAAAGCACACAACACAACGCUGGCGAAAAAUGCAUAUGACACACAAGGUUGUAUAUAAAUUGUACAAAAGCCGACACACAGAAGUAGAUCACUUGGAGAGCUGUUUGCUUCUGCUUUGGGACGCCCAGAAGAACCCUCUUAGGUCAACUGUCUGAACCUACUAGCUGUCCUCCACCAAACACUGCUGUUUUCAGACACUGGCCGGCUAAAGCCUUGCCUCAGGGCUUUGGAAAAUGUCACUGUUGUGACAUCC